AAAGGAAGGCAGAAAUCACAUGCUAAAGUGAAUGAAUUAUUCAUUAUUUUUAUGCCAAACUUUAUAGGAUUCCAAUUCUCCUUUGAGGGAUAUAGAACGCAACAUUAGUUUAGGUCUCUUGAUCUUUCUCUACCAUCUGUUUUUCUACUUUGCUCUUUGAAGUGUACGAUGAACGAUUGGGCUCCUCCGCUCAUAGCUGCAGCACUGUUUUGGCUCUUGUCCCCAGGAAUGAUCUUUCAGUUGCCGGGGAAGAAUGCACCCUUUGAGUUCAUGAACAUGAAGACCACUGUUGCAUCCAUGUUUGUGCACACUGUAAUUUAUGGUUUGCUGCUCAUGUUGUUCUUCGUUGUUCUUAGUGUUCAUCUAUAUAUUUAAGCAGCACCAACCGUUAUUGGAAGUAAACUUAUAUGUGCUGCUUUCUCUUUUGAACACUCUGCUAGUUGCAAGUGUUGUGUAAUUAUCCAAUAGUCCGUAGAGCAUAUCUCACAUGAUGUUCUUAUAGCAACUAUGCUGAAAAUGGAAUAGAUGCAACUGGAAGUGAUUGCUAUGUUACUUUCAUAUGCUUUUUCCUUACA